UCUACGCACAGCAUAAUGUAUAAUAUAAUAUUAAAAAGAUGUAUUUUUAAAGCACAUAACAUAUUAGUAAGUAAACAGUUUGGCAAACGCAUCGCUCUUUGCCGCCACCCUGUGUUUAUCGCUUUUAUAACGUGAUGAUCAUCGCUUCAGGAAGCAAACCGUUCAUCAUGACUUGCAGAUUCGAGAGGUCGCGUCUCCUUUAAGACGCCGCGUUUGUGCCGUUUGUGGGCGGGGCGUCGAGCGACGUACGCGCAGGCGCCAACCGCGGCGGGUAAAACGAAAGCUGAUAGCAACCAACCGGCGGCCCUUAGCAACCGGCUAGCUCCGUUAACGCUCUGUCAAACCGACGACUGAAGUUUAAUCUUCUAAAGGAGAUCUGAGCGGAGUUCUCGUCUGUGUUCUGAGUUUGAGGCGGUCGUGUAAACAAAGCUGUGACUGAAUGAAGCGGCUCUUGGGGUCCUCUCCGUGUCUUUGUUUUCUUCUUCAGCUCGAACAUGAGCUCUGUUAUGGAUGAUCCGUCCCUUCAGAGACAUUUUAAGGGUCACAGAGAUGCCGUCACCAGCCUGGACUUCAGCUCCAACACCAAGCAGAUCGCCAGCGGCUCCAUGGACGCGUGUGUGAUGAUCUGGAACACAAGGCCUCAGAUGAGGUCCUACAGGUUCGAGGGACACAAGGACGCGGUGACGUGUGUCCAGUUCUCUCCCUCCGGUCAUCUCCUGGCCUCGGCGUCCAGAGACAAGACGGUCCGGCUCUGGGUGCCCAGUGUGAAGGGCGACUCGACGGUGUUUCGAGCUCAUACGGGAACCGUGCGCAGCGUCAGCUUCUCCAGCGACGGACAGACGCUCCUCACCGCUUCUGAUGACAAGAGCAUCAAAGUCUGGAGCGUUCACCGGCAGAAGUUCCUCUUCUCCCUCAACCAGCACAUCAACUGGGUGCGCUGCGCCAGGUUCUCUCCGGACGGCCGUCUGGUGGUGUCCUCCAGCGACGACAAGACGGUGAAGCUGUGGGACAAGAACAGCAGGGAGUGCAUUCAUUCGUUCUGUGAUCACGGCGGAUACGCCACUCACGCUGACUUCCACCCCAGCGGCACCUGUAUCGCAGCGGCCGGCUCCGACAACACCGUCAAGCUGUGGGACGUCCGCACGCACAAACUCCUGCAGCACUACCCGGUUCACAGCGCUCCGGUGAACAGCCUGUCCUUCCACCCGUCUGGAAACUACCUGAUCACGGCCUCCAGUGACUCCACGCUGAAGAUCCUGGACCUGCUGGAGGGCCGACUGCUCUACACCCUCCACGGCCAUCAGGGUCCGGCCAGCUGCGUGGCGUUCUCCAGGACCGGUCACUUCUUCGCCUCGGGGGGUGCAGAUGAACAGGUGAUGCUCUGGAGGACUAACUUCGACGGCGUGGAUCACAGUGAGGUCCUGCAGCAGAAACCAGCUUCGGGUCACAGCAGCGAUACGCAGCCGCCAGCGCAGGAGUCCGGAGCCGGCGGUCAGUCCUCACAGAAGAGCCCUGGAGCCGGUCAGCAGGACAGCGUUCCCGCUGCGCUCGCCAGCACCCUCCAGCACAUCGUGGGUCAGCUGGACGUUCUCACACAGACGGUGGCCAUUCUGGAGCAGCGUCUGACUCUGACAGAGGACAAGCUGAAGGAGUGUAUGGAGAUGCAGCGUCAGUCCGUGUCUGAGAACUGAUCCAACCGUCCACUGGAGCUAAAGCUACCUCAAACUACCCUUAAAACGGUUCUCAUCUCAACAUGUUUGUGUGAUGAGAGUGAAUCGGCUGACGGAGAGUGGCAGAUGUUUGUGUUUUUCGCAGCAGUGUGAGGAUGGAGGAUCGCUGCAGGCCUUAGACUCAGCUCCACUGUGAGCCAAUAAGAGAAAUCAAACCGUGGACACUUCUUUCUGGAACUGCUAGAUAAGUAGUGUGUGUUUUUCCUGUUUUACAUUUCACUUUCAAGUUGUCUUAUUUUAUUGACUUUUGCUGUUUUGAGUCACUCAUCUUCUAUUAUAACUCAAGGCUGCUUCCUUUGUGCUUCACGUGCUGUCCACGCCAGUAAAGAGUGUUUAACUGUG